AUGUCACGUAUAGAGUCGAGCCAAAUGAGUCGUCGCUCCAAGAUGGCCGCAGUAGGAGAACAAGCGCCCAUCAGUAACCACACCAUCGACAAGGUUACCAAAGCCAAAGUUACUUUGGAAAACUACUACUCCAAUCUUAUUUCUCAACAUGAGGAACGAGAAAAUAGGUACCGGCUUUUGGAACAAUCGAUGGAGGAGGAAGGGCUCUCAGAUGAGCAAAAAUCGGAGCGACGACAACAACAUGCCACCAAAGAAACAGAGUUUUUACGGCUAAAACGGUCUCGGCUUGGUGUUACCGACUUUGAACCUCUCAAGGUGAUUGGUCGGGGUGCCUUUGGUGAGGUUCGUCUUGUGCAAAAAAAAGACACAGGUCACGUUUAUGCUAUGAAGAUUCUUCGAAAAAUAGACAUGCUGGAAAAAGAUCAGGUGGCACAUGUCCGGGCUGAACGGGACAUCUUGGCGGAGGCGGAUCACACGUGGGUGGUGAAGAUGUACUACUCCUUUCAAGACGUACAGAAUCUGUAUCUCAUCAUGGAAUUUCUUCAAGGAGGCGACAUGAUGACACUGUUGAUGAAGCGCGACACUCUGACGGAAGAACAGACCCAGUUCUACAUCUCGGAGACGGUGCUAUCCAUCGACUCGAUACACAAGCUAGGCUUCAUCCACAGGGACAUCAAACCAGACAACCUGUUGAUGGACAGCAAAGGCCAUAUAAAGUUGUCUGACUUUGGCUUGUGUACAGGAUUAAAGAAAUCUCAUAGAACAGAUUUUUACAAAGAUCUGCACCAUCCUAAAGUAGGAGAUUUUAGUGGAAAUCCAAUGGAUUCUAAACGCAGAGCUGAAAGCUGGAAAAGAAAUAGGAGAGCUUUAGCAUACUCAACAGUAGGCACUCCAGAUUAUAUAGCUCCCGAGGUUUUUAUGCAAACGGGAUACUCGAGCAACUGUGACUGGUGGUCUCUCGGUGUCAUCAUGUAUGAAAUGUUAAUAGGUUAUCCUCCGUUUUGUUCGGAAAAUCCACAGGAAACCUACAGAAAGGUGAUGAACUGGCGGGAGACGCUUGUUUUUCCGCUAGAAGUGCCUAUAUCUGAAGAAGCAAAAGAUCUCAUUCAAAGGCUGUGCUGUGAUGUUGACCACCGGCUUGGCUCCAACGGUAUUGCUGAGAUCAUGGCCCAUCCUUUCUUCAAGGGAGUCGACUGGAAACAUAUCAGGGAACGCCCAGCUGCCAUUGCAGUUGAAGUGAAGGGAAUUGAUGACGCAUCCAAUUUCGACGACUUUCCAGAAAUAGACCUCAAAUUACCAAGCACCUGUGCAGCAGCUGAGGCAGUAGAAAGAGAUCCAAAGUAUAAGGACUGGGUGUUUAUCAACUACACAUUCAAACGGUUUGAGGGACUUACUCAACGAGGGCCACGGCCAUCUCUAUACAAGAGCUAGGCAACUUCACCAACUCUGUUGCUGACUCGAGAGCUAGGCAAUUUCAAGCACUCUUUGUUAUUGACUGGAUCUACGCAUGUCCAAGGACAGUUUAAUGCCAACUCGAGAAUUAGAUAUCAUCAAGGACUCCAGUAUUAGGAGUUCGGCAGUAUCAAGGAUGCCAUUGCUAAUUCAUGAGUUAGGUAUUUUCAAGAACUCCAUCACUAAUUCAGGAGUUAGGCAUUAUCAAGAACUCCAUCACUGAUUCACCAUCAAGAACUUUCUUGCCAGCUCUAGUAAGACCGUUUAUAAGAUUGUCUAUUGCCCACUCUGGAGUUACCAAGGAUUCUUUGUUGCCAAUUUGAGAGCUAGAUAAUGUGAAUAUUUCAAUUGCCAGCCCCAGAGACUGUACAAGCAGUAAUCCUUUUACUUUGUGUUUUGUUGAAGGUGCUGGAUGUAUAGUGGAUGUGGGAAUACCAAGCGAAAGCAACAACCACACACGUAACUUAUACCAAAGCCAUUUACAGACAUGUCAGUUUGUGAGAAUGUGUGUAUGUACGUGUGCCACCUCAUAUUUGUGAUGGGUCAUUUACAGCAGGGGGAUUUGAAAUAAGUCUUCAAAUGUCAGCAAUUUCAUAUACACACAGGUAGUCUGUGGUAUUGCAUUGAAAGACAGAGACAGACAGAGAGAGAGAGAG